AUGGAGGAUAACUUUACCGACCUGUGGCCUACUCAUGCCUCUUUGUUGACGUCCCCUAAAGCCAAAACCGAUGUGAGCAAUACCAUAGACAUGGUUCAGGUCUUCUUCUACAGCGUGGUGUUCCUCGGUGGUUCCUUUGGCAACGGAGCUGUGAUUGCCAUCACGGCCCGCCAGGCCUCUCGCACCGUCAACUGCAUCUUUUUCCUCAACCUAGCCUUGGCAGACUUCCUGUUCUCAGUCAGCCGGAUAGUGCCACUGAUGAAGAACGCUAUCUACAAAGGUGACUGGCCCUUUGGGAGCUUCCUGUGCAAAGCCAACAGCUUCAUCAAGUACCUCAACAUGUUCUGCAGUGUCUUCCUCCUGGCGGCGAUCAGCAUGGAUCGUGCCGCCUCUGUGGUCUACCCAGUGUGGUCCAGAAACCGCCGUGGUCCUCGCAUGGCAUGGCUGUCUGCCUUUAGCGCUUGGUCUGUGGCCACCAUGGCCAGCCUCCCCUUUUAUAUCUAUCGCAGUACAGUAGAUGACUCCAAACGCAACCAGACGAAAUGCUCCCUCACCGUGGGGGACAACGGAGAGAGUGUGAAGUUGAUCUUGUAUCAGCUGAGGUUAGUGUGCGGGUUCUUGGCUCCCUUUGUCAUCAUUGUGGCUUGCUACGGGGUAAUCGCUGUGAAGCUGAGGCAACGCCAAGCCACCAUCCGCUCCAAGAAACCCUUUAAGGUCAUCCUAGUGAUUGUGGUCACAUUCUUCCUCUGCUGGGCCCCGUACCAUCUCUUCCUCCUCCUCAAACUGAAGGGGUACAAAGGUCAGGCGGUGUCCAUUGGCGUCCCUCUUGCUUCCUGUCUGGCUUACCUCAACAGCUGCGCCAAUCCCAUCCUUUACUUCUUCAUGGGCCUGGACUUCCGCCGAAAAAUAGGUCGCUGGAACAUAUCAGGGGCCUUCAGAAGGACUUUGCUUGAAGGGACCGCCUACUCGAUCGGAGGGCUUUCCGGUCGCAAGAAGGAGGCUGCUUGUUCUGUGGAUGAGUUGGGCUGCUCCACAGUAGCCCAUGAGCUGAUCUGAAGAGCAGAUUCGAGGUUCUGUAGACCUGCUGUUUCCUGAAGCCCAUAAGGACUUCAUUUGCUUUCCUCACCUGAACAUUCUGGCUCUUGCCAAG